AGAAAGACCGGGAGCGGGCACGAGCACCGGAGAAUCGGCACAGGCACCGGGAAAGGCGCUGGGAACGAGAAAGGGAACAGAACCCGCACCGGGACUGGGGGCCGGGCAGGGAAUAGAACCGGGAUCGGCACCGGGACCAAGAACGGCCACCUGCAGCAGGACAGAAGCACACCGGGGGCACCAGGUGAUAGCCGGACCGGGCUUGAGCACCCCGGGACCGCAUCAGUCAGACCGGGACCAGAGCGGGACAUCUUAGGACCGGACCGGGACACGCCGAAUCGCAGCGGGAGCAGAGCCGGAGGAGAACUGGAGCACAGGGCGUCCCUCUAGGACCCGACCGGGUGUGAGCAGGACCGGGACACAUCGGGGCACACCGGGACCGGACCGGGGGGCGAUGGGGGCGGCCCCCGCUCGCCGCCUCCUGGCCCUGCUGGGCCCCGAGCGCGGACGCUGCGCGGUGGUGGCGGCGCUGAUGGCGGCAUCGGUCCUCGGGGAGGUGGCCGUCCCCUACUUCACUGGGCGCGUCACGGACUGGGUGGCCAGCGAGGAUGAGGUGGCUGCUGCCUGGCCCAUGGUGCUGCUGGGGCUCGGCAGUGCUGUCACCGAAUUCACCUGCGAUGUCACCUACACGGGGACGCUGAGCCGGGCACUGGGACGUCUCCAGCGUCGCAUCUUCGCUGCUGUCCUGCGGCGGGAUGUCACCUCCCUGCGGGUGGCAGGGACCGGGGCAGUGACAGCGCGGGUGACGGGGGAUGUGGAGGCCACCUACGCGGCGGUGUCUGAGGCCCUCAGCCUCUUGCUGUGGUACCUGGGGAGGGGCAUUUUUCUCCUGGUUGCCAUGGCCUGGUUGUCACCUCACCUGGCCUUUGUCACCCUCCUGUCACUGCCUGCCCUCCUGUUGCUGCCCCGGCGCAUUGGCAAGAUCCAGCAGGGGCUGUCACGGCAGGUGCAGGAGGCGCUGGCAGGUGCCACCGCCGUGGCCGUGGAGACCUUCCAGGCCAUGGCCACUGUCCGCAGCUUCGCCCAGGAGGCCGGGAUGGCCGAGAGGUACCACCAGCGCCUGCGUCACCUCUACCGGCUGGAGGGCAAGGAGGCGGCCACUUACACUGCCACCCUCUGGGCCAGCGGGUUUUCAGCCCUGGCCCUGAAGUUGGGGCUCCUCUGCUGUGGGGGACAGCUGGUGGCCACAGGGACCAUCACCACUGGGGACCUUGUCACCUUCCUCAUCUACCAGAUGCAGUUCACCGAGGCUGUGGAGGUCCUGCUCCGCUACUACCCCAACAUGACCAAGGCUGUGGGCUCCUCAGAGAAGAUUUUCGAGUUCUUGGACCAGGAGGAGGGGGUGACACCUGUGGGGAUGCUGGCACCCCAUGUCCUGCAGGGCCACCUCCAUCUUGAGGACGUCUGGUUCUCCUACUCUGAGCACCAAGAGCCUGUCCUCAAGGGUGUGUCCCUGAAGCUGUGCCCUGGGGACGUGCUGGCAGUGGUGGCCCCCCCUGGGGCAGGGAAGAGCACCCUGGUGUCCCUGGUCCUUCACCUGCAGCUGCCGAGUGCUGGGCGGGUGCUGCUGGAUGGUCACCCCCUCUCCACCUACCAGCACCCCUACCUGCGCCUCCAGGUGGCCGCUGUCCCCCAGGAGCCCGUGCUCUUCUCCCGCUCCCUCCACGCCAACAUCGCCUACGGGCCGCGGGGCUGGAGCCGGGCGCAGGUGACAGCGGCAGCGCGCCGGGCGGGUGCCCACGCCUUCAUCACCCGCCUGCCCCGGGGCUAUGACACAGAGGUGGGCGAGCUGGGGGGGCAGCUCUCCGGGGGACAGCGACAAGGGGUGGCCAUCGCGCGUGCCCUGCUGAGGGACCCUCGUGUCCUGGUCCUCGAUGAGCCCACCAGUGCCCUGGAUGCUGAGAGCCAGCGGCAGGUGGAGCAGGAGAUCUUCGGAGCCAGCGGGGCCGGGCGCGCGGUGCUGCUGGUGACAGGGCAGGUGGCCCUGGCCAUGCGGGCACAGAGGGUGGCCGUGCUGGAGGGGGGGCAGCUGCACGAGCUGGUGUCCCCCGGGGAGCUCCUGCGCCCUGGCAGCCACUACUGGCACUUGCUGCAGGGUGGGGGACAAGACAGGACAGCCCGGAACGGGGACAUGGAGAAGGAGGGACCUCAGGAGCUGGGGACAACAGAUGCCAGGAUGGGGACACCAAGGGCUGGGGACAGCAGGAGCCGGGAUGGGGACAAUGGGGAUGGGGACAACACAAAACAGGAUAAGGACACUGAGAGCAGGGACAAGGACAGCAGCAACGAGGAUGGGGACACUAAGAGAUGGGAUGGGGACACCAGUGACGAGGAUGGGGAUACCACAAACCAGGAUGGGAACACCAUGGACAGGGAUGGGGACACUAAGAGAUGGGAUGGGGACAGUGAAAGCUGUGACAAGGCACUGUGAGAUCUG